AAAAUGUCUUACCUUUGUCUGGGUCCAAUUAGCGCAGGAAAAACACUUCUGCUUACCUGUCUACAAAAUCAGGACUCCGUCACAUUCACCUCCCACUCCGUCCCAAGUGUAGGAACAAAUUUGUUCACAAUCCGAAUCCCACCAACGGUGAUCGACGAGAAGGACAUAAAUGCGAAACCAUCGCCACGGAAGCAGGACGUUGUGCAGGUUCGUGAAGUUGGCGGCUGCCUAGCUCCCAUCUGGAGAGAUUAUUUGGACAAAACGGUCGAUCGGGUUAUUUACGUCGUAGACACUUCGAACCUUUGUCAAAUUUCGGCUGCAGGUGUGCUGCUCUACUCGAUGUUAGCUGAACCCAGACUGCAGAAAUCAAGGUUCUUACUGGUGCUCUCUAAAAUGGACCUGGCUUAUCGCCAAAUGCGUAAUGAGGCGCUGUUGAUGCUACAAAUGGAAAAAUUCAAAAAACAGAUUCCGCAACAAAUUACUAUCGUGGAAUUCAGUGCAAUCGAUAAGGAAGGUAUUGAUGCCAUCUAUGACUGGUUGGGGGCCCUGUAAGGGAGUUUUUAUUCUUGUGACUUUCGUACAAAAUGAUAUAUUGUAUUUCUAAUUGCGUUUUAGUUAAAUAAAUGAGCACUCGAA